AUGGCGGAUGCCACGUGCCUAUCGGCAGUUACGGGGGCCAGCGGAGAUCCAGCGACUCACUCUCUGUCCAAACUCGACAAAAUAUUUGCUGCCUUCUGGGCUAAGAUAACAGAGAGACAGCUGCACACUGCUUCAACUAUGCUGACCACUCCUGCAAAUAUACCCCCAGAGACCUCCAGCCCUACGAGUGGACGCAGAACGGUCACUACCGGAGGCUCCGCUAAGAGGCGCAGACGGCGGCACCGGCAGAACAAGCGGCAACGAAGAGCCAGAUCUCAACCCCACACUCACCUCCGCUUCAAGCGACCACGACUCCGGACGGGUGCCGAAGCGACCUGCCCAACAGGGAAGCGCCAACCCCCCCAACAUGCAAACCUCUAUCACCAAGGGUCGGAAGCAUGGCUUCUACACGCACGCAUGUCCUUGACACCACAGGGGAUGGCGACUCCCAGGGGCUACAGGGCGAGCCCAGAGGGGAUCGGAUGA